AAGCGCGGUGUGGUGCUCGCAGGUCAACACGUAGUCUGAAACCGAAUUUUUCUACGAUAUGCUGUGGUUAUCCGGAAUUACUGCAGCAUUGAAACGUGAUGAUCCAUGUAAUAAUUUCUGCGUGCGUCGGAUUUCUAGGAUCGUCAAGUGCAUUGACUGUUUUCAUCCGUGCUACUGAAGAAUCAUGGAUUCUGCAGAUGCCGGAGAUGGGGUGAGAAGGAGUGGAAGGAAGCGAAUCGCGAAACGCUUAGAUUCUCCGUCGCCUCCUCCUCCGAAGAGGCGAGGUCCAAGGGCUACCGGCAACGGACCUACGCAGAGCACGCCUGCUGCAAGGAUUCCGCACGUCACAUCUUCCGUCGUCUUGAAAGCUCGGCCUCCGCCCCAUGCUGCAGAGAGCCCACAGAAACCAACCCUUGGUCAUGACGCCCAAAGGGAUGGCGCAGUCGUUCGCCUGACGAAAUCCACCAGACGUAUCGAGGAUGAUCCGCGAGUAGAUGAGAGCAUUCGGCGGGAAAUCGCCGAACUGAGAGCAGCCAACGAUACACUGGCAUCGAGUAACGGAGGGUACGCAAAAAAGAUAAAAGAUCUGGGAAGCCGACUGUCGAGGUUGAAAAAGAAGCUCGAAGACGGAGCAGAUCGCGAUUCCAUCGAAGCUGUGGUUGCAAGAGCAAAGCAACUAUUGAACUUGGUCCCCGCGAUCCUUUUUUCAAGUCAGCUACGAAAUUGCGGACGUCCUCCUGGAUCCAGGAGAUUCACUGAAGCUGAUCUUCUGCUCGCCAAUGCAAUUCAUCGUCAAAGUCCCCGUUGCUACUUGUUUCUUUCGAAGGUCUUCGCCAUGCCGGGUAUCGACGGGUUGCUCAGGUGGGUCGCCGAACGACAAGUAACCACUGGAAAGCCGCUGGACAAAGAUUAUUACGAGCAGCACAACCUUGGCUACUUACUCGACGCCAUCCCGUUCCAGAACGCCGCGAAGAGCGUGCGUAGGAAACCCAAGCCGCCCACUAUUCAAUACCAACGAAAGCCAGCGGAAAAAAUAGAACCCGAGACACCCCCGGUGAAUUCCGUACCUGAGCCCGAUGUGGAAGACGUAGAGGGCAACGAAGAAGAUGCCACUGUAGAGCAAAUCGUGGAUAUGUCGAACACGAGCCAUGUGCAGCCCGAAAGUGACGAAGACGAUGUCCUCGAUGUGGUGCGAGAGGUUCAGGACCUGGUCCAGGAAGUAACUGGGGUCGCCGAGGAAAUCAUUGAUGACGAUGGGGAAGACGCACAGGCGUUGACGAUUUGAGUUCAAACUUUUUCUCUCCUUUUUUUACGAAGGCUACUUGUUAGAAUGGCUCUUAUAUUUUGUAUCGGAAGGGCGGAUUGUUUUGUAUUAUCCGUGAUUGAAUUUUUGAGUCAGUGUUGUCCGUGUGCUUCUCAAGAUCUGUCGCGAUUUCUUCAUUUUGUCUGAGUGGAUUUUGGGUUUAAUAUAUACAUAUUCGUUUCGCGUGGAAGUCCCUAGAUUUUCACUCUUGAACAUCAUGCGGCUCAUAAAGAGGUUUUCAUCAGUUAUCGCGUUGUGGAUAUUCUCUUUCCUUGGAAGAAAUUACCGGUGUUCACUGAAAUACUGUUUGUCACUCAAAGGUUUUGUGAACUGUCACCCUGAUUUUUGCGAAUGAAUCCCUUCAGCCUGAUCAGUUCAAUCUGAUUGUCGUUUUUGAGAGAAA